CAGACGUGAAAAAUGUCAACAAACAACGCCUUAGAAGACUCCAUAGUGAUUCUGGAGGAGGUGGAGGGAACGAGACCUUUGGCUGGGGGAACAGGCAUUGAACUCGAGGUGCUCUAUGAUGGCCAUGGAGAAGAAGUCCAGCAUGUACAACCUCAGCCCCAGCCACCUCAGCAGCAGUCAAAAGCACAGCCAUCCCGUCCUCCACUUCGGCAGCAACCCCAAAGACAGCGACGGCCAGUGCAACAAUAUCAACAGCAACAACAAGAACAGCAGCAACAAGCAGCCCAGCAAAGACUUCAGCGACAGCAGCAGCGGCAACAACAGCAGAGACAGCAGCAGCAACAGAGAGCUCAGCAACGGCAGGCUCAGCAGCAGCAGCAAAAGCAGCAACAGCAACAGCAGCAAGCACAACAAAGGGGGGUGAAACGGAAGGACAGCGAGGUUCAAGUUGUGGGCCAGACAAAGGCUCAGAAAACAGGUCGAGGGGAGGUUGGAGGAGCAGGCACUCUCAAGUACAGGAAAAGGAUCCCAGAUAAUGAUAUUGAGAUUGUCUUCGAGUGGGACCCAGCAAAGGUUAUUGCUGAGCGUCAGAGCGUUGAUGAAUGGGUAGCCCGUAAUGUCAUAAGUAUGUUUGACCAAGAAAACACCUUGCCAUUUAUUGCACGGUACAGGAAAGAGAGAACUGGGAACAUGGAGGUUGAGAAACUUAGAGAGAUUCAAAAUUCAUACUCACAGAUCAAGCACGUACAAGAGCGAGUUUUAAAGAUCCUGAAAGGAGACCGCAAGCGUCUACCAGAAGACCGCAAAGCUUCCCUGUUGAGGGCAACUACCAUGCAUGAAGUGGAGCAUCUGACAGCAGCUUACAAAGGCAGUGGGAAACGCACAUAUGCAGAGAGAGCUCGAGAACUUGGCCUUGAGCCAGCUGCACUCGAGGUUAUGCAAGGAACACACAAUAAGUUCUCAAAUCGCCAAGAGUUGUAUUCUCUUAUGGAUCUGAAUAAGGAAGGUCUACGAACAAUUGAGGAAGUUGAACAGGGACUCCAGCACAUUAUAGCAGAUGUCAUAAGUAAAGAUCCCCAAGUCCUUGACUGUGUACGACAACUCAUGAAAUUGUGUAAACCUGUUUUAGAAUGCAGCAAAGCUCGUAAGCAGAUGAAACGUGACCAGGGUAAAAUGGUCAGCCGUGGACCAGGCCCCAGUAAUGAUCUUUGUGCCAAAUAUGAAAACUACUUUGAAUAUAAGAACCUGGCUUGGAACACUAAGCCGCAUUCGAUGCUGGCCAUGAAUCGCGGUGAACAUCAGGGGGUUCUUUCCGUGAAGGUUGCCAUACCGGACAAUACAUAUGUCCAUUUCUUUAACUACUGCCAGCAAAAAUGGUUAGGGAUGGCACCACCACACUACUACAGAACACAGCUGGUGAUGAUGAGCAUUGAAGACAGCUGGGAGAGGCUUGUCAAACCGUUCAUGCAGAGGCAGAUCCGCAGUGAAUUAACAGAGAUGGCUGAGAUUGCAUCCGUGGAGGUGUUUGCUGCCAACUUGCGGAAGCUUCUCCUAACCCCCCCAGUGAGAGGGAAGACGGUGCUUGCCAUUGACCCAGGGUAUGCCAAUGGAUGUAAGAUUGGUGUGACAAGCCCGACAGGAGAGAAACUCCUCACAACAACAAUCUACCCUUUCCGUGGCAAUCAGCACCUUCAGGUCGAGGACUGGUGCAAAGACCACAAUGCCAGAACCCUUCGGGAGAUUGUGCACAAAUAUAGGUGCGAGCUCUUUGCAAUUGGUAAUGGAACAGGAUGCAGAGAGACAGAGACUUAUCUCACACGCCUUAUCGCUCAAAACUGUUUUGAGCCUUAUAAUGUCCAGUACACCAUCAUCAAUGAAACGGGAGCAUCACAGUAUUCGGUUUCCCCAGAGGCACGAACUGAGUUUCCUGGCCUGGACCCCAAUCAUAUCAGUGCUCUGUCAUUAGCCAGGAGGUUACAAGACCCAUUAUUAGAGUACAUCAAGGUACAUCCAAUGCACAUGGGAGUGGGCAUGUACCAGCAUGACAUACCAGAACGUAUCCUGCAUGCUUCUCUAGACUCAGUCAUGACAGAGUGCGUGUCAUUUGUGGGCGUUGAUAUUAAUUCGGCCUCCGAAUUUGUUUUAAGGAAACUCUCUGGACUGAACAAGCCAAGAGCUGCUAAUAUUGUGGAGUACAGAAAGACAAAAGGCCCCUUUAUAAACAGAGAACAGCUGAAGUCUGUGAAGGGUAUUGGACCCAGAACAUUUGAACAGUGUGCAGGUUUCAUCAGGAUCAUGCCCGAGACACUGGAAAUGGAAAUUAACAAAACACCACAGGGAAAGAAGCGAGCAGAAAAGGAAGCUGUGAGCCCACUUGACCGCACAAUGAUCCAUCCUGAGUCUUACGGGGCUGCUAUGAAGUUCCUCAGCAUUGUGGGAGUACGGCCACAAGACAUUGGUGCUGAUCACUUCAUUCGUACUGUGAGACAUUAUAUCCCAACUACAACUUUAGAUGCCUUGUCUGAGCAGUGUGAGACAACGGUCCCUACUAUGCAGCUUAUUGUCGAGGGUCUGACACAGCCUCUCGAUUACGAUAUUCGUGCUCAAUUUGAGAAACCACUUUUCCGCAAGGGGAUUACCUCCAUAGAUGAUGUUGCUUUAGGAACUAAAUUAACAGGCACAGUGAGAAACGUGACCCACUUUGGUGCGUUUGUGGACGUCGGCCUGGGGAACGACGGCCUGGUCCACGUCACCAAGAUGGCCGGGGUGAGGCUGGAGCUCGGCAACAUCGUGGAGGUGUCGGUCAUCUCCAUCGAGAAGGAUCGUUCUAGGAUCGGCCUCAUGCUGGAGAGGUUGAUUGGUUGAGGGGAAUGGGAAGCAAAGUUGUAAGGUAUUCCUUUAC